ACUUGUAUCUGGGGUAUUUAGUUACUAUAAUAAAUAUCAUUUUGUGUAUAAAGAAAGGUCUCUUCUGUAUCUAAAAGACAUAUCAAACGAAAGAAAUCAAUAAACACAAUAUUCUUUCUUCCAAAUUUUCUCAUUUCUCAUGGGCAUAUCUCAAGUACACUAUUGCAAUGGUGACCAGAACUUAGAAGCAAACCUUCUAGAUCAUGAGGAAACUGAAUCAUUUUCAGUACCUCAAACGAAGAACUGUAAGAGGUGGCUCCGUGUCUCCAUAUACGCAAUCUUUGUCAUCUUCUGCCAACCACUUGCUACAGUUCUGGGUAGACUGUACUAUGAAAAUGGAGGGAAAAGCACAUAUGUGGUAACACUUCUUCAACUCAUUGGCUUCCCUGUACUGAUUCUCUUCCGCUUCUUUUCUCGAAUCAGGCAACCCAAAUCAACAGAUACAAAUUUCAGUCAGUCCCCUUCCUUCACCACCCUUGCAUCGGUUUACUUGUGCACUGGACUGCUAGUGUCUGCUUAUGCUUAUUUGUCUGCAGUUGGGUUGCUUUACUUACCAGUCUCUACUUUCUCCCUCAUCUUGGCCUCACAGUUGGCCUUCACUGCCUUUUUCUCAUAUUUCCUUAACUCGCAAAAGUUCACUCCUUUGAUAGUCAAUUCUUUGUUUCUCCUUACGGUUUCCUCUGCCCUCCUCGUGGUCAACACUGAUUCAGAAAACACAACAAAUGUAUCUAGAGUACAAUAUGUGAUUGGGUUCAUCUGUACCAUUGGUGCUUCCGCUGGGAUUGGAUUGGUACUAUCUCUGAUACAACUGCUCUUCAGGAAAGUUUUCACGAAGCAUACAUCCUCAGCAGUCCUGGACUUGGCCAAUUACCAGUCUCUAGUUGCAACUUGUGUGGUACUCAUAGGACUGUUUGCAAGUGGAGAGUGGAGAACUCUGCCAAGUGAGAUGAGAAACUACAAACUGGGGAAAGUGUCAUAUAUCUUGACUUUGGCCUCAGCAGCUAUUUUCUGGCAAGUAUACACUGUUGGUUGUGUGGGAUUAAUCUUCGAGUCUUCUUCUGUGUUCUCCAAUUCCAUAACUGCUGUGGGACUGCCUAUAGUUCCAGUUGUAGCAGUGAUAGUUUUCCAUGAUAAGAUGGAUGCAUCAAAGAUUUUCUCCAUCAUUUUAGCUAUCUGGGGCUUCCUUUCAUUUGUCUAUCAGCACUACCUCGACGAAAAGAAGUUGAAGACUUGCCAGACAAAACCUGUUGAGGAAGAAACACAAACUUUAUGAAACAAGUUGUAUCGAAGGUCUCAGAAACAAACAUACAUAGUUGUACACAGUCAUGUAAAUAACCUAUAUAAAGCUUGUAUGUGUAAUAUCCGUAAUGGUCCAUGCAAAUGGGAUAUGUAUGUCGCUCAUAUUUCAGGUAUUUAGAACUUUUAUUCAAAAGAGUAUUGUGUAAUACGAGCAGAGUGAUAAAAGCAGUCAUUUAUUUAACAGAAAAACCAUGUCAAUUUUGUGAUACUUUCAUUGUGUGAGUGUGAAACCCGAUAAAAAUUGACCAGUUAGCAUAACUUACAGAUAUGUCAAUGCAA